AUGAACACCCGGACUACUGUUUCUGAGACAUCGCUGCCAUUCUUUGACGCCUCAGCCAGACGAGUUCGACUUCCUCAUCCUACUAGUAACUUGAACCACUUGAAUACGCAGCUAGACACUGCCUUCUCAAACCAAAAAUCCUUAAAAGCACGGCGUACAGCCUCUCAUAUCCGUACUCCCUCCUGGAGUUCUGCCGCUUCGUCCAGCUCCGACAGCCACCCCGCUACGACCAGAUUCCCAAAGCGAUUCCACCAGUGUUUCACCCCAGAAGCAUCGCGGUCUCCUUCACCAAUGACACAAAUGACCUCGCAGACGACGAACACGAACGUCCAACCCCGCGUUCUCCGCUCGCCACCUCUGACUCCUCCUUCUGCUCGUUCCUCUUUCCCCUCCACACCUACGCGCAAUUACUCCCUCCGUUUGGAACCAGUGACUUCGAACGAGUCCGCUCAAGCUGCGGUAGUUUUCCCCGACUCAACCAACCCUAAACGCGCUCUGCUUCUCAUAGGCCCUGCUAUUGCCCGCUACGUCCGUGAGCGCGGCAAGUCUGCGCGCAUGCACCCAUAUCGCGUCGUGUUUCGCCCCUCUCCAUGA